AUGAAGAAAAACAAAAGAAAAAACUACGGCCGAUUAGUUAAACGAUUGAAAUACAAGUUUAAAUUGGCCAAUGUAGUUCUUCGUAAAUCUGAUAAAUCCAAAGUAUUUCAUUUAGGUAAACUUGAAGAAUACAAUAAAAAAUCAAAUGAAUAUAUGGAAAUAACCAAAGCAUACAAAUGUCUUGGUACAAUAGAUCCACUUGCAGAUUUAAUGCAAAGAACCAAUAAAUAUCUAUUAGAUCUGAGAUUAAUAAAGUGGGUAACUCAAAAACAAUGUGAGCAAUUGAGCAUCAAACCAAAUGAAGUUGAACUAGCUCAUUUAUAUUAUUUACCAAAAGCUCACAAACCUGGUACUCCUCUUCGACCUAUUGUAUCUGGACUGAAACAUCCAACAAUUAAAAUUUCCAAAUUUCUUGAUGAAUUACUUCGACCCUUGUUUAAUCAAAUGGCUUCAAAGACAACCACAACUUCUGACUUUUAA